AUGCCUUCUUCCAUCAUGCUCAAGCUCCUCCUCUCCAGCCUGAUCGCAGCAGUGUCCGCCCGACAAAUUUGCGGAACUUGCUACAAUGCGGGCAACAAGCCCAUUUUUGCAGGCUCCGCUACAGGAGGAGAGUGGAAAUGCGAUGCGUAUUGCGACCAGAACAUGGUCAAUGCUGCCAAUGAAGUUUGCUGUGAGGGCAUUUACACGGAGUGA